AAAGCAUAUUAACACACACAAACGCGCGUGCGCGCGCACACACACACACACACACACACACACACACACACACACACUGAUGCAAGUGAGUGACGAAGAGACUACCCUUGAAAAUUCAUCCUUCACCUCCAGAUAAGACAACAGUCAGCUGUGAUAUCGACUGGUAUGUCAGGGACUACAAAUACUGAAAAGCAGACAGUUACUAUACUUGAAUAUAUAAUGAACAACAUAUUGCCAAUACAAAAUCAGUUAUGUUUUUUGGAUAAAAGAUGCCCAAAGCUAUUUUGAAUCCACUUUAGCAGAUCCACAAUAAGACAUGAGACAUGACCUAAUUUGGACUUUUGUGAACUUUAUUAAAAUAAAGCUAAUACCUAAACCUCCAUAGAACUUCAAAAUAAACUAUGUGGCUCAGUAUCAAGAAACUAAAUAGUGGUCUAAGCAGGCGCCCCAUGUGUAGAGGCUACAGUCCUCGCUGCAGUUGGCCCCGGUUCGAGUCCCGCAUCAGACGGCCUUUACUGCAUGUCGUUUCCCCUCUCUCUGCUUUCCCAUUUCCUGUCUCUCUCCACUAUCCUGUCCAAUAAAGGCACUUUAAAAAAGAAACUAAAUGGCUUCUGCUCCAGAACUGAAGUGUAUGGGGGAGGAAAAGGCCAAAGCCAAAUAUAAUUCCAAAUAUUUACGUACAUGUUAAUUCUGAUUAGAGAGAUAAGAGAGAGUGCCUGUAACCAAAAGGUCACACAAGCCCUGCAACAGUCAGAGUUUCCACCACAGCCAUUUGACCCAGUGUACCAUUUACUGAGCAAACCAUGGCCAACUGAAAUCCAUCACUGUGCACAGGAAAACAAAUGUGGCCAUCAAUGUCAAAUCUUGUUUUAUUUGUCUGAUCCGGCCUUGUAGUUUCCUCAGGGGUGGAAAGUACUUAUAGUACAAAGGGUUGCUGUGUGUUGUUGUUGAGCACUUUGGAGACAAAGGUUUAAAAUAUACAAAGUGUUGCUAAAAGGGAACCAGUAGUGUUACAUAAUGCAGAGAAGGAGAUUGGUUCAUCAGUACUGGUGGAAGAAGUACUCAGAUCUUUACUGAAGUUAAACCAUUGUGUAACAAAACUGCUAAAAGUUAAAGCAUUCAAAAUGGAGUUAAGUCAAAGUACAGCAGUAAUAAAAUAAAAGUUGGCUGACUCAUAAUGCAGAAUAGCUCCUUUUAGAGUGUUAAAUUAUUACAUAUUGGAUUAUUAUGUGUAUGUUGUAGCUUGUCAAGAUGGAGUUAAUUUCACUACCCACACUGUUGGGUAGUUUCAUCUUUUAAAUGUCUUUGAAAUAUCUUAAUUGUUUAUUCUUUUUUAACAUAUGAAAUCUUAAUUAGCAAAAUAACUGCUGUCAGACAACUGUAGUUGCGUAAAAAGUACAGUAGUUACUUGUUACAUUUUCAGUCCUACAUUUUAAGGUUAAAAAUAAUCCUCAAUUUAUAAAAUAUGUAUUGAUGUAGAUUAAACUACCCAAUAGUAUAUGACGUUAAAAUUAUCGCUACUGGCAUUUAAAAAAUUACAUGUAACAAUAUAAAUAUAACACUCUGCACAGAGCCAUUUCAUUGUAGUACUUCUUUACUUUUACUUAAGUAAGAUCUUGAAUGCAUGACUUUAACUUGUAAUGGAGUGCUUCUUUUGCAGUAUUCUAACUUUUACUUAAGUAAAAAGUAAGAUCUCAUUACUUUUUCCAACACUGAGUAUCAGUUAUUGAUUUCAAAAGAAGUCAUUGACCUUCCACUGAAGUCUUGUUUUUCUGUGUGUCACAUGCCAAGUCUGCCCACCCCAUGAAACACAGUGGCAUUCCCCCAAUUAAACAAAGGGUUAUAUCUUCCAACCACAACUGUCCUUGGCAUAUAUAAAGUUCCAGCCCCAGUUUUAUCUGGCUCACAUUCCUUCAUGAAUGAGCAGAGCUUAUCCCAGUUAUUCACACUGUCUUGGGGCAAAUCAUUUUUUCUCGUAACCUCUUUGGGCUUACAAAAAGAGGAAGGACUGAGGCUGGGAGGGCUAAAGGUGCUGUCACUCUCCCACAGACAGAACCUAAAACAUUCACAAACACAAACCUUGUAUCCUUCUUUUUUUCACUUUGAGCUUUUUCUUAUGAGAAGGCUCUUCUAGAGGUCUCUGACAGAGGACCAUUGGAAAAGAAAGGAGUUUUUUGUCUUCACAUUGAGAUAGAAUUACCUUGCGAUGUCUCUGAGGGGUGAUGUAUGUGUGGUGACGGGAGCCGGUGGAUUCCUGGGAAAGAGACUGGUGAGGCUGCUGCUGGAGGAGGAGAAAGUGGCUGAGAUUCGAAUGCUGGACAAACAUGUGCAGCCACAAAUUUUACAGACCCUGGAAGAUUGUAGAGGCAACGCGAAGCUGAGUGUUUUCGAGGGAGACAUCAGGGACAGUGAUUACGUGAAGAAAGCCUGUCGAGGUGCAUCAAUCGUCUUCCACAUCGCCUCCAUCAUUGAUAUUAUUGAAGCAGUGGAGUACAGUGAGAUAUAUGGGGUCAAUGUCAAAGGAACACAGGUGCUUCUUGAAGCAUGUAUCCAGGAGAACGUGGUGUCCUUCAUUUACACCAGCACCAUUGAGGUGAUGGGACCAAAUUCCAAGGGUGAACCCAUAAUUAACGGCAAUGAAGACACAAUUUAUGACUGCACUCUAAAGUUUUCCUACAGCAAGACCAAAAAGGAGGCUGAGCAGAGAACCCUGCAGGCCCACGGCGAGGUGCUCCAAAACGGAGGCCGACUGGCUACCUGCGCCCUCAGACCUAUGUACAUCUUUGGGGAGGGCUGCCGCUUCCUGCUGGGCCACAUGGGCGAUGGGAUACGAAACAAAGAUGUUCUGUAUCGAAUGUCUCUUCCGAAGGCCCUUGUGAAUCCUGUCUAUGUGGGCAACGUGGCUAUGGCUCACCUCCAAGCAGCUCGUAGCCUCAAAGAUCCACAAAAAAGAAAUGCUAUUGGAGGAAAGUUUUACUUCAUUUCUGACGACACACCACAUGUGAGUUACUCAGAUUUCAACCAUGUUGUUAUGUCGCCUCUUGGCUUUGACAUUCAAGAGAAACUCAUGGUGCCACUAAGCGUCUUCUAUGUAGUCUGUUUCAUUAUGGAGUUCCUGUGCAUGAUGCUCCGACCUUUCAAACGCAUCGUCCCGCCACUGAACCGGCAGCUCCUCACCAUGUUGAACACACCGUUCACCUUCUCCUAUCAGAGAGCUAAGAGGGACUUGGGAUACAGCCCCAGAUACAGCUGGGAGGAAGCACGCAAACGCACCAUUGAAUGGCUCGCCUCAGAGUUGCCAAAAGAGAGGGAACAAAUAAGAGCUAUAUAAUCAAUGAAAACCUGUUAGCACUAUAUCAGCCCUGUCUCCUAGCAUUUAUGUUUAUAAUUAAUUUGCAACAGCAAAUAUGUUUUGAAGGAAACAUUAUUGUAAUCGGAUUGCAUUCAUGUUGUUAACUUACAUAUUUGGUAAGUCUCAAAUAUGUUGUAAAAUGUUCACAAACAAAGUAUUUGUUUCACGCCAAUCGUAUUUUUGAGCAAAAAUAGCAAAAUAAAAUAAGUAUUUUGCUAUUAUGGUUUAUGUCUGUUUGGAUAACACCAUUUUCCCGCAGUGACAGAAAGCAGUAAAAACAUGUUUAGUGAAGGUAUAUGUGAAGCAAGAAACCAUCAAAAACAUGGAGCUCAUCGCCAUUAAAAGUUUCUUAAAGGCAAUAUGUGUGAAACUUUUAUUUUUUAUAGCAUGUCUCAGAUUAUUCUAAUGAGUUUAGCAUACUGUAGGUUUUUGUUUGUUAAUACUCCGACAAGGAGUCACCAAAGAGCAUAAAAAAAAAAAAAUGAUGAAAGUUGAGUAUCAUCUGUUGUACCUGUGCUGUAACGCUUUGCAUGUAUAUGGUAUGUAUGUAAAGCUAUUAAAGUUUAUGGGGGAAAAUAAAAUUAUUUCUCGUACGUUUUUCAUCUAUAUUUUGCUUGGUAAAACUUUA